AUGGAGUACUCACCUGUUACACCACUUUCCUCACCAGCAGAAGUUACCCAGGCUUGGCUUGAGCAGGUGCUCAGGCACAAGUUGGGCUCCUCACUCAAGCUCAACUCCUGGUCUGUGAAAUUACCAGAGACCAAGAGUGGAUAUAUGAGUGAAGUGUGCUUCAUACAGGCCUACUUCUCUAUUAGAGAGGGAGCACCAGAGGAAAAGCUGUCCUUGUUUGUAAAAUUCAUGCCAUAUGAGAAGGUGCUUUUAGAUGUAAUGAAGAAUUGCCAGUUGGCGGACAGAGAGGUUGGGUUCUAUAAACAUGCCUUCUCGAGGGAGUUCAACGACUUUUGUGAGACCAGUGGCGUGCAUCACCCAGUUCCUGAGGUGUACUGGGCUGGACUUGAGGACAGCAAGAUGACAAUAGUUCUUCAAGACUUAUGUAGUGAUGGUCUUAGACUCUCAGCACCUGUGGAGGGCAACUCUCUCAAACAGAUCAAGUGUGUCUUGGCCACAGUUGCAGUCAUUCAUGGCUCAGGCAUUGCCACUAUACAGAAGCAAGAGAGACAUGCUUGGGAUAUUCCCCUUCGUAUUUAUCACCUAAAAAAUUACAUAGUUGAUGGUAUCAAUAAACAGAUAAAGAUAUUUGAGGGAACACCUACUGUGAACACACUGAAGGCUCUCUUGCCUCUAACAAGUGAACUCUUCUCAGUGGAAGAUAAACACCCUUUCUUGAAAUCAAUUAUCCAUGGUGAUCUCUGGACUGCUAAUGUGAUGUUCUCACAGGAUGACCAACACGCUUGUAUCUUUGACUGGCAGUUUUGUCGAGUUGGAAAUAUUGUCUGUGAUAUAAUGACUUUACUUUUGGUGAGUGCAGAGGUGUCUUGCUACACAGAACAUCUGACUGAGAUUCUUGAGUGUUACUGGAAGUGUCUUGAGCAGUCACUUCAGAGUAAUGGAGUCACAGUUGAUGUAUCAUUCCAAGAUUUUGUUCAUAAUUUUGAGUCCAUGUGGAUUUAUGGCUAUACUUUAUUUUGUGCUGGCAUUCCUGACUUACUAAAGAGUCAUAUCAGUGAAGACCGGGUCCGAGCUGUUGUCUACUUCCUGGAAGAGAGGGGAGUGUUCAAAAAUUUUCUUUCUUAAAGAUUAAGAAAAGAAAGGAUUUAUUGAAUUUAUGUAUAUAUGUAUGUCAAAAAAAUUAUAAAAAGGGUUAUCCAGUUUGAAAUGUUCAGUGGCCCUUAAUUUUUUUUUCCUUGAAUUGAUCCUGGAAUUUAUAACACAAAAAGGUGCUUUGUCAAUACCUUGACUUGAAAAACUAGGAAUUUAUAUUGAGUUUAGUCAUGAUAGUGAGCAGCACCAACCCUUUACAGAACACUGAAGGUGCAGGACAGGUUAAUCAACAAAUUAUUCAGACACAGUUUUUAACUGAUCACAAGGGUACUAAAGAAUCAAUAAUUUUCAGGCUCCAGUCACCAUCCAUCAAGAUAAAGUUACCGACAAACCAAAUGCAGAAUGGAGUACUCACCUGUUACACCACUUUCCUCACCAACAGAAGUUACCCAGGCUUGGCUUGAGCAGGUGCUCAGGCACAAGUUGGGCUCCUCACUCAAGCUCAAUUCCUGGUCUGUGAAAUUACCAGAGACCAAGAGUGGAUAUAUGAGUGAAGUGUGCUUCAUACAGGCCUACUUCUCUACCAGAGAGGGAGCACCAGAGGAAAAGCUGUCCUUGUUUGCAAAAUUCAUGCCAUAUGAGAAGGUGCUUUUAGAUAUAAUGAAAACUUGUUGCUUGGCAGAGAGGGAGGUUGAGUUCUACAAGCAUGCUUUCUCAAGAGAGUUCAGGGACUUUUGUGAGACCAGUGGCGUGCAUCACCCAGUUCCUGAGGUGUACUGGGCUGGACUUGAGGACAGCAAGAUGACAAUAGUUCUUCAGGACUUAUGUAGUGAUGGUCUUAGACUCUCAGCAUCUGUGGAGGGCAACUCUCUCAAACAAAUCAAGUGUGUCUUGGCUACACUUGCAGUCAUUCAUGGCUCAGGCAUUGCUAUUAUACAGAAUCAAGAGAGACAUGCUUGGGAUAUUCCUCUUGAUAUUUCCUCCUUUGAAAAUUAUGUAGUUGAUGGUAUCAAUAAACAGAUAAAGAUAUUUGAGGGAACACCUACUGUGAACACACUGAAGGCUCUCUUGCCUCUAAGAAGUGAACUCUUCUCAGUGGAGAAGAAACACCCCUUCUUAAAGUCAAUCAUCCAUAGUGAUCUUUGGGCUGCUAAUGUGAUGUUCUCACAGGAUGACCAACACGCUUGUAUCUUUGACUGGCAGUUUUGUCGAAUUGGAAAUAUUGUCUGUGAUAUAAUGACUUUGCUUCUGAUGAGUGCCGAGGUGUCUUGCUAUACAGAACACCUGACUGAGAUACUUGAGAGUUACUGGAAGUGUCUUGAGCAGUCACUUCAGAGUAAUGGAGUCACACUUGAUGAAUCACUCCAAGAUUUUCUAUGUAACUUUGAAUCCAUGUGGAUGUAUGGCUAUACUUUCUUUAGUGCCUCUCUUCCUGACUUACUUAAGAGUCAUAUCAAUGAAAACCGUGUCCGGAGUGCUAUCCUCUUCCUGGAGGAGAAGAGUGUUUUCAAAAAUUUUCUCUCAGAUAUUUACAAACAAGGAAUAAAUAAAAUAGGGAAUGUGUGAAGAGCAGUACAGUUCCUUCCUUUGCAUCAUCACCACUCAUGUGUAAUAAUUGUACUGGGGAGUUCAUAUGCUGGUUUCAUAUUUGUGACAAUAUAAUGAAUCUUUAGAGUAAUGCAGUAUUAGACUUUUUUAGCUAACUUAGUCACUGGUUUUCUCUAUUAGUUUUGUAAUUGUUUGCAUUAUACAAGAAUUGCCAUCAAUACUAGCACAUACUUCCUUUUUUCAGGACGGUAAUGCCCUUUCUCUAAAUAACAUUAACAAGAAAUAUUGAAACCAUGGAUUUACAACCUUUAGAAAGCGACAGUGAUAUAACUCAGCUGUGGCUGGAGAAGAUGCUGUCUAUCAAGAUGGAAUGCAGCAUCAAAGUGGCUUUCUGGUCCUCUACUGUGCCACAGCAACGAGAAGGUUUCCUGAGUGAAAUAUCUUUUGUCAAGGUGCAGUACACUUUGCCAGAAAGUGAUGAGGUGCAGGAGUGUAAGUUGGUCUUCAAGUUCUUGCCACAAGAUCCUAAGCUAGUCCAGUUUCUAGCCAAUGGUGGACUGGCUAAGCGGGAAGUUGAAUUCUAUCAGUUUGUCAGCAGCCCAGACUUUCAGGGGAUCUGUGCAGAGAGAAGCAUUGUCCCACCUGUGCCAGAAGUCUUCUUUGCUAGUUAUUCAGACUCUGCCAUCACCAUUGUUCUUCGUGAUCUUAGUGUGGAUCAGUAUAAGAGUGUAUUGAUCAGAGACGGCAGCACACUGGCUCAGACCAAGACAGCACUGAGGGCCAUGGCAUUAAUUCAUGGUGCUGGCAUCCUCUACCAGCAGCAGCACCAUGAAGGGGGAUGUCUGUCACCCUUGGCAAAAGAGUUUAGCACAGAUUUUUAUGAACAAUUCUUUGUGCCUAAUAUGGUCACUAUGGCAGAGAUGUACACAGGUACAUCUCUCGCUGAGGUGUUCAAGGCACUCACUCCCCUGACAAGACACAUUCGUUCUAUUUCAAAGCGACAUCCACUACUCAAGACUGUGGUGCAUGGAGAUCUGUGGGCUGGGCAGCUUCUAUACUCUGCUGAUGAAAGUUUAGUUAGCAUUAUUGACUGGCAGUUCUGUCACCUGGAUAAUCCUGUUGGUGAUAUCAUGUCCAUGUUCUUCAUGAGCACUGACCCUCAGGUGCUGGAGGAACACCUAGAGGACAUCAUGCAAGACUACUGGGCUGCCCUCUGCCGGGUGGUGGAGGCUGGUGGAGGGGAAGUGGGACUCACCUUGGAGCAACUGAUGGCUAAUGUGGAAGAAAUGUGGAUGUAUGGUUUUAUGUUCCUGGUAGUCAGCAUCCACGACUUUCUUGGAAGUGACAACAUAUCAAAGAAGAGGCUGCUUGGAGCCUUCACCUUCCUUCAGAAGAGAGGAGUGUUUGCAAAGUUUCUAGCAGAGUUUAAAAAUGAGGGAGCUGAGGAUCAAUGAAAUCCAUAAUUGUAGAUACAUUGUCAUUGACAAGAUAUCUGAUGUGGCAAAACAAUCCACAUUGUUAUGGUGGCUGUAGUCUUUGAAGGUACUCUCUCAAAUUGAGCUCUGCUCAGAUUCCAAUAAAUUUUUAUAUAUACAGCUUUUUAAUAUUUGCAGAGAACUUUAAGACGAGUGAACUAUUAGUAUAAGGACAACUACCAUAAGAGGAAUACUGUAACCACUGUGCAUUACAUCAAAAUUAUGUGACUUCUUGUGAAGAUGAUUUAUAACAUCAGAAAGUCAUUUUAAGAUCAUGAGCAGUAUUUUGUUACUUUACAUCAGUAUUAGUCAUGAUUAACAAUAAUUGUUGUUUUAGUUGAAGAUCUGAGUAGAUAUUUAUAUAUUAAAUUUUAGAUAAAUGUAUACUGUUUGUAAUAUAAAAGCUUACAAAAAAAACUCCAGUAAUACUCAAAUAGUGAUGAUGAUACAAAGGAAGCAACACAUUCCAUCAACACCAAACAUUCAUCUCACCCCUAUUCUGUUCACCUCUCUAAUGCAAGAAGUAACCAGUAUUCCCAAUGAUCCAUCCCUUUCUCUGGUAAACUCAGGAACUCCCUGCUGCUUCUGUAUUUCCAUCUUCCUAUGACUUGACCUUUUUCAAAAGAGAGAGAGACUUCAAGGCACUUAUCCUGCGGCUUUGGCUGAUGCUUAUGUCUUUGUGUAGGCCUGGCACCUCAGAGGGUCUUUUUCACUGUAAUUUUUGUUUCCAUUGCUGGCACACUUAAAAACAAAAAAAUAUUUAUUACCACUGUCAUUAUCACAGUAUGCUUCUAGUGCUCAGGAUGUUAUGGGAAAGCAAGAUCUAGACUUAGAGGUAAUAAUAGUAAGAAAAGACAUUCAUGUAAACAGGCCACUAAAUCAAUUAGGCACACAAGCUUAGAAACAAAAUAUGCCAACCUAAAUAAAUUGCAAUCUUCACUAACCUUUCCAUUGAUAAAUUAUUAAGAAGCUUAUUCUACCUCUCAUCCUCAUCUCAUUGGCUACAUUAAGUUCAACAAAGCAUCUGUCAGACCCUACAAACAAUAAACUUGGAAAGCCAUUUGUCAUCCACAAGGCCACACUUGGACCACACUAAUAUACAACCUCACUAUCAAUUUGUGUGUGUAUAAUGUAUAUAUUAUUCCCAGGGAUAUUUUUGUUACUGUAGAUUAGUAUCUACAAGAAGCAAUCAUUAAAAACAACGAUUUCUCAUAUAUACAAUUUGUAUUAAAUAUACUAAUUUCAACAAAUAUAAGUCUAUGUGGCUGUGAAAACUAUGAACAUGUACCUUUCUAUAGAUGUAACUUCAGGCUCUGAAUACAAGUGAUGAAGUGUUAUUUUUCUUCAGUCUUUUAUAUCAGUAUCAGCUGAAGGCAAGUUUGUAAAUGCAGUUUAAAAAUGUAGUCAUUGUUAAUACAUGAGUAAGAGUUGAUGAACCAUUCCACUCACUGGGAUAUGGGAAACAAUAAAUCUUUAAAGUUUUUAUGUACCUAUUUGUAUCUGUAACCUUACUGUUCCAUUUCCAUUGUCAUUUUGUAUCCAUGGUAAGUUCACACUAGAAAAUUAGACAUCAAAUGGAUAAUUUAUGAAGAUUCUUUGUUAUCAAACAUCCAAUUCCUUACAUAUAAGACCAGAUUUGUGUCAUGCUUUUCCUUGGAUACUUCAUACAACACUUGGUGAACAACAAGCUAUAGGAGUAAAAUAAAGAAUUAAAUAAAUCGGCAUGGCUCGACAGAAUGCUAACCAGACAUGGCCAACACAACACUGCAGAAAGGAAACUUCUCACCAAUCAUGUCCAAAAAAUGGGACACAUAUACAACAACAGUGGAUUGAAAAUAUAUACUAUCAACAAAAUGAUAUACAUACAUUUAUCUACACUGAAUUAUCUAUGUUGUACAUCUAUUAUAAAAAAAAUACAUAUGUACAGUUGCCCAGAGUAGAACAUAAUGACAAUCAUUUUCUAUUUUAUUUUUAGACAUGUAAUUAAUUAGUGGGACUGAUAUACAUGUACAUGCUGGUGUAUCACUUCUUAUUCUACUUUCACUGUAUGAAAUAAUCAGUUCCAACACAUGACAGGAACUCUAUGAAGCUGGAACUUAUCAAACUGAAUAUACUCUAUUGAUCACAGACAUUUUAUGGAGCUGGAAUUUUUCAAAUCCAAUUUACAACACCAGCAAUGACUUACAUCUAAUUAGGUAGGCUGUAACAAACCUAACAGAGAGAGAGAGAGAGAGAGAGAGAGAGAGAGAGAGAGAGAGAGAGAGAGAGAGAGAGAGAGAGAGAGAGAGAGAGAGAGAGAGAGAGAGAGAGAGAGAGAGAGAGAGAGA